AUGAGAAAACUUCCAUUUCAACGCUUGCUCGGGUCCACGUGUACUUCGCCUCCGCCGAUUCGUCGGAAUCUCGUUUUGCCCGAAAUAAGCGAAGAAAGUACGAAAUCUGUGAAACCUGAGUUCUGGUACGAGUUCUACCUGGGCCAUUUUGCGAGCAGUCAGACGAAACCUUUUGUGUCGAGCACAUUUGUCCGCGAUGUUCAAAAUUUACGUCGCGAGUUUGGCCUCGUCAGCGACCUUCAAAAGCCGAACAGCAGCGAAUUCUGCGACUCAAAGCUGCGAACACUGUAUAUUCAGCAGCAACUAGAAACGCAUCCGAACAGGAUGAGCUUAAAAGCGCUCAACGACGCUUUCCGGUUGCUGACUCGUGCUCGCAAAGAGAAGAUCGCCGUUGAUUCUCGGCUCUCCUACCUAAAUUCAUUUGCGUCUCUCUCCGAAAGGUAUCAAACUCCUGUGCCGAAAUUUUUGGACUUGAAUCUUGUCGAAAAAAUGGACGAUUUUUCCCUCGAUGAAAAAAUGGCUCUGGAAAAGAAAUGCUGGAACGAGUUUCUAGAGCGGGCUGCUCGGGACAGACAAGAACACAUUCAAAACCUGCUUUCAAAUAGUGGCGAAGAAAUCGACCUAGAGAAAAAAGUAAAGACGCGGCGUGCAGAGUUGCGAAAGAAAUACAAGUUCCAUCGCCACAUAGAAUUCCGCGCCACACCAUACAUUCUCUUUCUAGGAAGUCUGAAAAAGAAAGACAAGAAUGUUUCGAAUGCGGAAUUACGCGAACGCUUCCCUCCAUCAAAGUGGACUACCUUGAUCGAGGAAACGGAUGUGCGUUUUUACGAAAUUCAGUCGCGUACCAUGUUCGAACGGUAUACGGCCCAGAACAGGCAAAGUUCUCUUGAAGCCAUUUUGAAGAAAGAUUGGCUAGCCUUGAAGCCAAGCGAAGUCAAGUCAUACUCGCCGGAAAAGUUCGAAGAGUAUGAGCAAGCAAUCGAAGCUUUCAAAUGCUCUCUUAGAAAUCCGAUCGAGCUGACUUUUGGACACGGUUCUUCACAUUUUGGACCUAUUUUGCAAGGCUCCCUGCCGCCAACGCUCACUCAAAUAAGAACUUUGGCGCGAGAUCAACAAGCCAAGACCAGAGAAAAUGACUUGGAGGCGGAAGAACUUAUGAAGAAUAAGAGAAAGGAAUACAACUUCUCGACUAACAUAAACUUCACCCAGAGUCCGAUCCGUCUCUUUGCGAAUAAAAUGCGCGAGAGCUUGGCCAAACUUCACGAGGAAUCCGCGACAUUGAGAACAGUCUUCAACAAUCAAAAUAAAAUAGCUGCCGAAGCUGCUAUUUCAUCGCGUGAUUGGGGAGCGUUGCGUAGAGCUGAAGUGAAGAAAUAUGGCUCGCAUGAGGACUAUAAGCUGUAUUUAAAAUAUUUGGAGCAGUCGCAAGCAACGCCAAAUUAG